AUGUGCCAGAACAGUGGCUACUUCGACUUCAUCGAGAUGUUUGCGGGCAAUGCCGAAGCAACACGGAUGAUGAGGUAUGCAGGUCAUUGUGCUGCCAAGCUAGACUACAAGUAUCACGUGCCAAAUGGUGGAAAGCAGAAUUUCAUGGACAUCUUGACCCCGUCAGGGUUCCUGUUGGCAUUGUCCAUCGUGAUGCGUGGAGAUCCUCGGGGAUUCUGGUGCCAUUUUGGCAUCAAGUGCGGGAGCUGGAGUCAAAUGAGUCAAGGGACUUCGGGAAGGUCGAUUUGCACGGCUUUGGGCAACCAGGAUCAUGCUUUCGUUCGCGAGGGCAACUGUAUGGCUUCGAGGAUGGCUUUGCUGCUAUUGGUGGUGACGGCCAUGUCGGGAGUGUGGUCUGUGGAGCAGCCAAGCGGCAGCUUCCUGGAAUUCUAUCCGCGUUUCCGCUGGGUAAUGCAGGUGCUGGGUGAAGGUGCAGUAGCUCGGCCUCAUGUGAUUUCAUGUUAG